GGCGGGAGCGCGCGGCUGAUAGCCGGAGACUGGGCUGCGGCGGGUAGUCCUCUCCCGGCCGCCGUAGCCUCCGACAUAUUGCCCGCAGGAGCUGCGGCGACGAAACGGAGAGCGCCGGGGGGAGGAGAUGGGAGGACGAAGAGGUCCCAAUAGGACAUCUUACUGUCGAAACCCACUCUGUGAGCCAGGAUCUUCAGGAGGCUCUGGUGGGGGCCACGCUUCCAGUGCAUCAGUGACCAGUGUCCGUUCCCGCACCAGGAGCAGUUCUGGGACAGGCCUUGCCAGCCCUCCACUGGCCACCCAGACAGUUGUGCCUCUGCAGCACUGCAAGAUCCCUGAACUGCCUGUCCAGGCCAGCAUUCUGUUUGAGUUGCAGCUCUUCUUCUGCCAACUCAUAGCCCUCUUCGUCCACUACAUCAACAUCUACAAGACAGUGUGGUGGUAUCCACCCUCCCACCCACCCUCCCACACCUCCUUGGGACUGUCCCACUUCUCUUCUCUGGGUCCUGUUCUACUCCUCUAGGUAAUUUCCUUGCCUGAGUCACCUGGAGGCCAAUGAAGAAUUUCCAUCUGAUCGACUUCAACUUGCUGAUGGUGACCACCAUUGUUCUGGGCCGCCGCUUCAUUGGGUCCAUCGUGAAGGAGGCUUCUCAAAGGGGGAAGGUCUCCCUCUUUCGCUCCAUCCUGCUGUUCCUCACCCGCUUCACCGUUCUCACGGCAACAGGCUGGAGUCUGUGCCGAUCCCUCAUCCACCUCUUCAGGACCUACUCCUUCCUGAACCUCCUGUUCCUCUGCUAUCCGUUUGGGAUGUACAUUCCAUUCCUGCAGCUGAACUGUGAUCUCCGCAAGACAAAUCUCUUCAGCCACGUGGCCUCCAUGGGGCCCCGGGAAGCAGUGAGCGGUCUGGCAAGGAGUCGGGACUAUCUGCUGACACUACGGGAGACGUGGAAACAGCACACGCGACAGCUGUAUGGCCCAGAAGCUAUGCCCACCCAUGCCUGCUGCCUAUCGCCCAGCCUCAUCCGCAGUGAAGUGGAGUUCCUCAAGAUGGAUUUCAACUGGCGUAUGAAGGAAGUGCUUGUCAGCUCCAUGCUGAGUGCCUAUUACGUGGCCUUUGUGCCUGUCUGGUUUGUGAAGAACACACAUUACUAUGACAAGCGUUGGUCCUGCGAGCUCUUCCUGCUGGUGUCCAUCAGCACCUCAGUGAUCCUCAUGCAGCACCUACUGCCUGCCAGCUACUGCGACCUGCUGCACAAGGCUGCUGCCCAUCUGGGCUGCUGGCAGAAGGUGGACCCAGCCCUGUGUUCCAACGUGCUCCAGCAUCCGUGGACUGAAGAAUGCAUGUGGCCACAGGGUGUGCUGGUGAAACACAGCAAGAAUGUCUACAAAGCAGUGGGUCACUAUAACGUGGCUAUCCCUUCUGAUGUCUCCCACUUCCGGUUCCACUUCUUUUUCAGCAAACCCCUGCGGAUCCUCAACAUCCUCCUGCUGCUAGAAGGCGCUGUCAUUGUCUACCAGCUGUACUCCUUAAUGUCGUCUGAAAAGUGGCAUCAGACCAUCUCACUGGCUCUCAUCCUCUUUAGCAACUAUUAUGCCUUCUUCAAGCUGCUACGGGACCGCCUGGUAUUGGGCAAGGCCUACUCGUAUUCAGCCAGCCCCCAGAGAGACCUGGACCAUCGGUUCUCCUGAGUGCCUGGGUGACUCAGGGACAGCAUCCAGGCUGCAGCCAGGGGCUGCCUGGCAAGGGGCUGUUGGGGAGGAUUGAAUAGGGAGAAAAACAAAAAAAAAAAAAAAAAAAUCUGCCAGAGCUUUGUAUUUUUGUUACGUACUGUUUCUUUGAUAAUUGAUGUGAUAAAAGAAAAAAAGUCCUAUUUUUAUACUCCCAAC